AUGGCCUGUACUGAUCUGAUGGAUCUAGUCAAUGGAGAUUUUGCUUACAAUAUGGACGACAGACCAGUGGACACUGUGGCCACCUAUACCUGUGACACUGGCUACACUCUCAAUGGAGGCAGUACCAGGACUUGUAAGAGUGAUGGAAUGUGGAGUGGAUCGGAUCCAACGUGUUAUGCUAUUGAGUGUCCUCCUCUACCGACCAUUACCAAUGUCACGAUCUCCUACUCUCCUGAUGUCACCUCUGACUAUGACCUGGGAACUGAGGCAACCUACACUUGUGAGGCUGGGUUCUAUCUUGAGGGUAAUGAGGUACGAGUGUGUAUGGAUGAUGAUGGAAUGGACACCAUUGGAGUGUGGAGUGGUCAGGAGGCUGGUUCUUGUUCCCCAGUCGUCCCCCCUCCUGUACGCUCAGUGUUGUUCCAACUCAGACUCACCAACAUCAACAACUGUCCUGACUGGGUGGACCAGGAUGGGAGGAUAGAAGCUGUGAUGAGUGCGUUUGCUGUCGAGGUUGAGAGUCACUGUGGGUGUGGUUUCUCAAGUAUGGUAAUGACUGCCCCUCUCUUCCGCUGCUUCCCUGGGUCGGACAGAGCUGUCACAUUCCGAGCCACUCUAACUGAUUCCAGGCUCCUUACUCCCAUACAGGCCUGGAUACAAACCAAUGGAUUCAUUCCCAUUCAGAAUGUACUGAUUAAGGUGGACAAGUCUUGUCCGGUACAGAUCUCGAGCCUUACAGACAUAGAGUGCACCAAUCAGCCUGCUGCUGCAGGGAGCAGUGACCUAGCCGCUGUGGUCGGUGGAGUGGUGGGAGUGGUCAUUGUCCUUAUUAUUGUGGUUGGCAUUACGAUUGUUGUCAUAGUGAUUGCUGUACUGGUGUUCAAGAACAGGAGAGAGAAGCUAACAGUCAACAAAACAUCAAAACAUGAUCUACCACCAGUGUCGCUAAAGGAUGUGGUCAGCACUGGUGAGAUACAAUCAUACGAGAUGAUUGAAAUGGGUCACGAAUACGAGGAAGUGUCCAAGUUCCAACGAGCCGUUGCUGGAGAGUAUGAGAUCAUUGGUGGAGCACCCUCACAGACAACUGGCUCCGAGAGCAAGGCUGCUAUAAAGACUGAGUCAUCACCACCCACUCCACCCACUCCACCCACACCACAACCCUCACAAGUGACUAAAACUGCUGGAAAUGAUAUUGAGUUUACAGAGUGCGUUGCUUACAGCACGACCACCCACAGUCACCCCCCACAGCCUACAGGUUUAUGAACUUAUGAACAUGAAACUGCAAACUGAUAGAAAUACUGUUGACUGCUCUAGCAAUGAUACGCAUUUGCUUGUAUUUGCAUUUGUAUUUGCAUAUUUGCAUGCAU